AUGUCAUCUAUUUACAAAGCCUUAGCAGGGAAGAAGAACGAAUCCAACGCUCAAAAGAAGCAAAAUGGCGGUAAGAACUUUAUGAAUAAACAACGUACCUUAUUAAUUUCCAGUAGAGGUGUUAACUUCAGACAUCGUCAUUUAAUUCAAGAUUUAAGUUCAUUAUUACCACACUCAAGAAAAGAGCCUAAGUUAGAUACCAAGAAGGAUUUACAACAGUUGAAUGAAAUUGCAGAAUUAUAUAACUGUAACAAUAUUUUAUUUUUUGAAGCAAGAAAACAUCAAGAUUUAUAUUUAUGGUUAUCUAAACCUCCAAACGGACCAACAAUAAAAUUCUACAUCCAAAACUUGCAUACUAUGGAUGAAUUAAACUUCACAGGGAACUGUUUGAAGGGUUCUCGUCCAAUUUUAUCAUUUGAUCAUCGAUUUGAUUCUUCUCCACAUUACCAAUUAAUCAAAGAAUUAUUAAUCCAUAACUUUGGUGUCCCACCAACAGCAAGAAAAGUUAAGCCAUUUAUUGAUCAUGUUAUGUCUUUCAGUAUUGUGGAUGAUAAGAUAUGGGCUAGAACAUAUGAAAUAUCACAUACAGCUAGAAAUAAAGAUGAAUAUGAAGAAGGACAAGAAGAAGAUUUAUCACUGGUAGAAAUUGGUCCGAGAUUCGUCAUGACCACAAUUUUAAUCCUAGAAGGGUCCUUCGGGGGUCCAAAGAUUUACGAGAACAAACAAUAUGUUUCACCUAAUGUUGUUAGAGCUCAAAUGAAGCAACAAGCUGCAAAUGAAGCUAAAGCUAGAUCUGAUGCUGCCGUUGAAAGGAAGAUUAAGAAGAGAGAAAACAUCUUGGCUGCUGAUCCUCUAUCUAACGAAGUGCUAUUUAAAUAA